ACAGCUCGAACGUUGUUUAUUGCAUCAGCGUGGACACCACUAGCCGGUAAAGUUACCACCAGUCAAAGCCACUUGUCAUUUUCAUCCGAAAGAGAAAAAGCACAAAGAAUAAAGCCCGCGUCCAGUUUUGUAACAGAGAAGCUGCCACCGGUCCGAUGAAGCUGUUUGUUAGCGAAGGCAACCCGCACUGCCUGAAGGUGUUAGCUGCUCUGGAAGUGACAGGAGUUCACUGCGGCGUUCAGUACAUCAGCCACGAAGAGAAAGUGGUCCCUUUUCUCAGCCGUCCAUCGUUGCCAGCUCUUCUCCUGCCCAGUGGACAACACCUUUUUAGCUCUAAUGCUAUAUGCAGAUACUUCUUUGAAGUGAAUGGACAAGAGUCCAACGACGUCAGCAACCAGUGGCUGGAAUGGGAGACCAUAGUUCUUCAGCCUGUUCUGCAUCAGGCUCUUCACAUGGCCGUGGUACAGGGAAAAGGAUCGGAGGUGUCUAGGGUCCUUCAGAGUCCCCUAAACUUCCUGGAUCAAAGCCUGAGCAAAGGGAGCAUGCCACAUUUAACUGGGGAGUCUGUCUCAGUUGCUGAUGUCAUCCUGUGGGCGGCUCUAUACCCCGUUUUAUCUGACUCUUCUUUAGCACUGGGUGAACAUAAGUUUGUCAGGGCUUGGUUUGACCAUUUGGCUGCUAUGCACAGUUGUCAGUCUGCUGCUCAGAAAGUGCUGCAGGGAAAGGCCAUGAAGAACUACAUGCAGAAGCAGUCUGUGCCCCAGAGCUUCCAGUGCAGAGACACACAGCCAAGCAACAGCAGCCCUGCUGAGAGUGAGGAAGGUGAGCGUGCCGUCUCAGAGGAGGAAAUGGAAGCAGCUACUCUCACCUGGAGAAAAGGUCUGACCUCCUGCUCUUUGGCCACAGAAAGACAACACCCUCUUUUGCCAGAAGAGGGCAAAAGAAACAUCCUUUUGACGAGCGCUUUGCCUUAUGUCAACAAUGUCCCACACCUGGGUAAUAUCAUUGGCUGUGUUCUCAGUGCUGAUGUCUUCUCCAGGUAUGGCCGCCUGCGAGGCUGGAACCUGCUGUUUGUGUGUGGCACAGACGAAUACGGCACGGCCACAGAGAACAAAGCCAGAGAGGAGGGCCUGACACCUCAACAGAUCUGCGACAAGUACCACGCUGUUCACUCUAGCAUCUACAAAUGGUUCCAGAUCGACUUUGACUUUUUCGGCAGAACCACCACAGAGAAACAGACCGAAAUAGCUCAGGACAUCUUCUGGCGACUCCAUAAAAAUGGGUUCCUGGUAGAAGACACAGUAGAGCAACUACGCUGUGAGAACUGUCAGCGUUUCCUGGCAGAUCGCUUCGUGGAGGGCACGUGUCCCCACUGCAGCUAUCCCGAAGCUCGUGGAGAUCAAUGUGACAAGUGUGGGCGCCUCAUUAAUGCUGUGGAGCUCAGGGAACCUCAGUGUAAGGUCUGCAGGCAGACUCCAAUAAUCCGCUCCUCCAAACAUCUUUUCCUGGACCUGCCAAAGCUAGAAAGACAGUUGGAGCAGUGGUUGGAGAAAUCAACCAGCACAGGAGACUGGACAGCAAACGCCAAACAGAUCACUCGGUCCUGGAUAAGAGAUGGACUCAAACCGCGCUGCAUCACCAGGGACCUGCAGUGGGGCACGCCGGUACCUCACCCUGACUUUAAGGAGAAGGUCUUCUAUGUGUGGUUUGAUGCCCCCAUUGGUUAUCUGUCCAUUACUGCCAGCUACACCAAUGAAUGGGACAAGUGGUGGAAGAAUCCUCAGCAGGUGGAGCUGUACAACUUUAUGGCCAAAGACAACGUGCCAUUUCACAGCGUGGUGUUCCCCUGCUCCCUACUGGGAGCCCAGGACAACUACACUCUGGUCAAUCACCUGGUUGCCACCGAAUAUCUGAAUUACGAGGACACAAAGUUCUCCAAGAGCCGUGGCGUGGGUGUGUUUGGUGACAUGGCGAAAGACACGGGCAUCCCGUCAGACGUGUGGCGGUUCUACCUGCUGUAUGUCCGUCCAGAGGGACAAGAUUCAGCUUUCUCCUGGGCUGACAUGGCUCUAAAGAACAACUCGGAGCUGCUCAAUAAUCUGGGAAACUUCAUCAACAGAGCCGGAAUGUUUGUUACCAAGUUCUUUGAGGGAUGUGUGCCAGAGAUGGAUCUGCAGCGAGAGGAGAAGAAGCUCCUGGCUGUGGUGGGCUGGGAGCUGCAGCAGUACAUCCAGCUUAUGGACAAAGUCCGAAUUCGUGAUGCUCUGAAACACAUCCUGAACAUUUCUCGUCAUGGCAACCAGUACAUUCAGGUGAAUGAACCCUGGAAGAAGAUUAAAGGAGGAGAGUCGGACAGGCGGCGUGCUGGCACUGUGACGGGUGUUUCUGUAAACAUCGCCUGCUUGCUGUCGGUGAUGCUCUUUCCUUACAUGCCUUUGGUCAGCCAGACCAUCAGAGAUCAACUCAACGCUCCUCAGUCUUGUAUCGGCACCAUGUUGCAAGGCACCGGCACCUUUGUGUGUGCUCUGAGUGCCGGUCAUCGCAUCGGCACUGUCAGUCCAUUAUUCCAGAAACUGGAGACGGACCAGAUUGAAGCUUUGAAGAAGAGAUUUGGUGGACAGCAGCCUGAAGACGAAGCGUCUAAUGAGAAGAAACCAGCUCAGAGCUCCGUCAGCGCUCCUGCUGCUCCUGGUGCUGAGGUGAAGGUGGUGGGUGGAGUGGACCCGGAGAAAGCCGAGCAGCUGACUAAAGCUGUGGCUGAGCAGGGAGAAAAGGUUCGAGCUCUUAAAGCCCAGAAGGCAGAGAAGGACGUGAUCGCAGCCGAGGUGUCCAAACUUCUGGAGCUUAAGAAACACCUGGCUCUUGCUGAGGGGAAGAACGCUGCACCUGCACCUCAGACGGGCAAGAAGAAGAAGUGAGGCAGGAACAGAGAGGGAAAGCAAAAGUUCAGGUUAGUCAGGGGAAGGACGGUUUGAGGUUUGACGACAGAGAACGGGAACAAGAUGUACACGAGGAGAUGAGGGUAUUAGCUCAAGGCAAAGCCGUGACAGGAUCCAAGACAAUGCGGUGUUGGCACCAAGGACUAAUGAAAUGCUGGAUUGGCCGACGGGGAAAUGAAAACACACAAAGAGACAGUCAAAUGAAUGCAGCUACAGAAUGGAGGGAUUUUUCCAAAUCCCCACACCAAAAGAAACUGAUUUUAUACUCUCCCUGUGAUAAAGUCAGCAUACGAUAUUAGCGUUGGAAGAUGUGUUCCACAUCUAAAGGUGGUUUUUGUAGCCGCCGUUUUGCUUUAAUACCCUUUUUGGAUCUAUAUACCGUCUUCCACCUCGCUUACUUUGAAUCCUGCUUUUUCCAAUAAAAUAUACAGACAACUUA